AUGACCCAUUUACUGGUGGUGUUUUUAGUAGGCCUUUGGGUAUCUAUAUUUGCUGUUGAAGAAACCGGCACUUAUGAGUUGUGCAAUGCAACAAAAUCAGCUCAGGUUGAAUACGAAUUUAGUACGGAUAUAGUAGGAAGUGAACAUAUUAUUACUUUCAAAGGAUACUUUCCAAGAACUACCAGAGAGAACUAUGUGGCUGCUGCGUUAAGCAAUGCUGGGGUAUCAAAUUGGACUUUAGUACAGCGAGACAACCCAGCAAAAGAUUAUCCUAGUGACUUUGAUGUUAUUGUGUUGGGUGAUGCUGGGCGUUCAGCACUUGAUGCAUUGCGUGAUCAUCCAGCUGUUCGCCGAGUCACUGCUCAACGAAUAGUUCAGCGCACCAUUAAAUAUGUGCAUGAGGAUAAUUGCGACCCUAAUGGUUGCUUGUACACAGGAUGGCGAAACCACCGCGCGCGUGCAUUACACUCUUUCAGGACACCUCGCGAGAACGGAGGAUACACAUCCAGGAAACUCUUGCGUACAGUACCAAGGCAGAUAACAUCAGUUUUAAAAGCUGAUCUCCUAUGGUCGCUUGGAGUUACUGGCGAGGGCAUCAGGGUAGCGGUAUUUGAUACAGGAUUAGCCCGCUAUCACCCACAUUUCGGACGUGUCCGCGAACGUACGGAUUGGACGGGAGAAAAUACUUUAGAUGAUGCGUUAGGCCACGGCACCUUCGUGGCUGGUGUAAUCGCCUCCAGGGCAGACUGCCUCGGUUUCGCUCCCGACGCUGAUCUGCAUAUAUUCCGAGUUUUCACUGACAACCAGGUAUCGUACACGUCAUGGUUCCUGGACGCUUUCAACUAUGCCAUCAUGCGCAAAAUUAAUGUAUUGAACCUGAGCAUCGGAGGCCCGGAUUUUAUGGAUCAUCCCUUUGUCGACAAAGUAUGGGAACUCAGUGCGAACAAGGUAAUAAUGGUAUCGGCGAUCGGCAACGACGGACCUCUGUACGGUACUCUCAACAAUCCUGCCGAUCAGAUGGACGUCAUUGGCGUAGGCGGUAUUGGAUUCGAUGAUCGAAUUGCAAAGUUCUCUUCAAGGGGAAUGACGACAUGGGAACUGCCACAUGGCUACGGUCGUAUGAAGCCAGACAUCGUGACUUACGGCAGCGGUGUCCGCGGUUCGAGCGUGUCGGGAGGCUGUAGAUCCCUCAGUGGAACGUCGGUGGCGUCUCCAGUGGUGGCUGGUGCGAUCGCGCUGCUGGCAAGCGGAGUCCCGCGACAAAACCUGACGCCCGCGGCCGUCAAGCAGGCGCUUUGCCUCACCGCAACACGUCUGCCCGCCUCCAACAUGUUCGAACAGGGCCACGGGAAACUCGACCUUAUCAGCGCCUACCAGUUCCUGCGCGAGUACACGCCGCAAGCAAGUCUCAGUCCACCGUACAUGGACCUGACUGAAUGUACGUACAUGUGGCCGUACUGCACACAGCCGCUGUAUUACAGUGCGCAGCCAACUAUCGCGAACGUCACCGUAGUCAACGGCUUGGGAGUCUCCGGUGAGGUGAAAGAGGUAACCUGGCAUCCGCACUUGCCUCAUGGCGGCUUGCUCGGUGUGUCAGCGGAUUACAGCCAGAUCCUUUGGCCGUGGUCGGGCUGGCUGGCUUUAAGCUUCACUGUCCUAGAAGAAGGCGCUGACUUUGAUGGAGUUGUUGAGGGUCAUAUCAACGUAACAAUAGAGAGCCACGAUGAAACCGGCGAGAGCCUUGUACGAAAUGCCACACUCAUGCUGCCGAUCAGAGCACGCAUAAUUCCGGUCCCGGUUCGGAGUCGACGCCUCCUGUGGGAUCAGUUCCAUAGCCUUAGGUAUCCGGGCGGUUAUUUCCCUCGCGACGACCUGCGUGCGAAACACGACCCGCUCGACUGGCAUGCGGAUCACGUGCACACUAACUUCCGUGAUAUGUACCGAAAACUACGAGAGCAUGGUUUCUAUUUGGAAGUUAUGGGAACUCCACUCACGUGCAUCAAUACGUCACUGUAUGGCGCGCUGUUGCUGGUUGAUCCAGAGGACGAGUAUUUUCCAGAGGAAAUGGCCGCGUUGAAAAAAGCAGUCGAUUCGGGCUUAUCGCUGCUUGUCUUUGCCGAUUGGUAUAAUGCCUCGUUGCUGCGCCAUGUCAAAUUCUACGACGAGAACACUAGACAGUGGUGGAUACCGGAAACUGGUGGAGCUAACGUACCCGCACUAAAUGAUCUUCUUAGCAUGUAUCAGGUAGCAUUAGGUGACCGCGUUUUCGAGGGCUCGUUCAAACUGGGCGGUCAUCCUAUGUACUACGCCAGUGGCACGCAUAUUCACAGUUUCCCUGAACAUGGGGUUCUGAUCACUGCUCGCUUGACAGAUCAAGGGCAACAGAUAAUGUCGGAGAAAGUUGGGGGAGGGGGUGCGACGGCGGGAGACGGUCAGACCGUCGACGUGCCUAUACUAGGCCUCCUUCAGACCGAUGGCGAGGUGCGAGACUACACCAAUGACACUGUUGAUAAACUGCCCAAGGCUGGUCGACUGGUCGUUUACGGGGACUCUUCCUGUUUGGAGGGGGGUGCUUCUCGGCCGUGCCAUUGGCUGUUGCUCGCCGCACUACAAUACGCUUUAGUGGGACACCUGCCUACAGCGCUACUAGAUGCGGCCUCUCCUCACCGGGACGUCCAUCUUAUACCUUCAGAGCUGCCGAAGCGCGCGGAGGGCGGGCGGCUGCACGUGUACUCGCGCGUGCUCGCGGCGGACGGCAGCGGCGCGCGCGCGGCGCCGCGCUGCCAGCCGCCGCCGCAGCUGCCCGCGCACGCCGUCGUCGCACCCCCCGCCGCCCGCACGCUCGCCCCGCGACAACCACACACCAACCCGCGCAGCAUAGGUGCUCCAGAAGUGGAAGGCACAGAACCGGCCCCUCGAGCUUGGAGGGGAGCGGGUGCAGCCGCGUCUCGUUCACAUAUCGAGAUAGACUACGAAUCGCCCAGUAUUACCAAUCGGGCUCUCACACUCCUCGCCAUCGCGGGCUUCAUAUACUGCCUCACAGCAUUCUGGAAACGAUGCGGACGGAAACUCAGGCGACGGAGACUUGUGUCCCUCGCCACCUAG